AUGAUCGAGUGCCGGAUGGGUGGGGGCCGCUGGCUCUCCCGCCUUGAUUACUUCGAUUACGGAUGUUACUGUGGCUUCGGGGGUCAUGGCCGCCCACUGGAUGCUGUCGACCGUUGUUGUCGGCAGCACGAUCUCUGUUACGGGAGGUUUGAUUCGGAUGGGAAGUGCCGCUGGUUUGAGUAUCCGUACUGGACACACUACUCAUGGAGAUGUCGCCAUGGGCACUCUCUGACCUGUUCUGAUCCCAAGAACACCUGCGGCUAUGCAAUUUGUAAAUGCGAUAAGCAACUGGUGGAUUGUUUUUCCAAAGCUGGUUAUGAUCCAGACCUGAAGGGCAUCGAUAAAACUGAGAAGUGUAAACCCUGA